AGCAGGUCAGCUGGGAUCCUGCAGCAGUGGACACGCCUCUGUGCGUCGUGCGUAAAGUGCGUAAAGUGCGUCCUGCAGCGGAUCCAAACUUUUUUUUGACCUAAUUUCACGACUUCUAAAUCAUCCAACAUCAAUUGCUUUAGCUUUUUAGUCGAGUAAAUGCAGCGAUGACGCGAGAGGAAGAUCUCAUCCGGAUUGCAAAAAGACUGGACAAGAUGGUGUCUCAGAAUAACACGGAGAGCGCCAUGGACGUGCUGAGGGAACUGAAAGGUUUCAAUAUGACACUCAAACUUCUCCAGGAAACGAGGAUCGGCAUGUCUGUGAACGGUAUCAGGAAGCACUGCACAGAUGAGGAAGUCAUUGCCUUGGCAAAGGUUCUCAUUAAAGACUGGAAAAGACUUCUGGACGCUGAGAAAUCAUCUGAAACGAAGAACGGUUUGGACUGCGGCAAAACAGCAGUGUCUCCGAACAGCUCCCCCUCUGAGACACAGAGCAGUCACAGGAAAAUUGACGUCAAACUGAAGCACGACUCAGAUCCCGACAAAAAACCCCCCGAUAAACUCAGAAAAGAAAAACAUAACGAAGAACACAAAAAGAGACACACGGAUGACCCCGGCGAUGAAAAGCACCUGGUGGAGGAGCCCCAAAAUGAGAAACAUCACCAAGAAAUCAGAAAAGAGAAGCAUGUCGAAGAACCCAAAAAACAAAGACAUGCAGAGGAUGCCCAAAUGGAAAUAGAUAACAGGAAACAGAAGCAAGACCGGCAGAUUGAGAGACACAAGCCAGAACCAAGGAAAGAAAGGCCGUUUGGAGAACCGAAGAAGAUGAGACAUGUGGAAGAAGUCAAAAAGGAAAAACACCCAGAGGAGCCCAAGAAGCAGAGCUACACAGAUGACAUGAAGAAGGACAAACACAGAGAGGAAAGCAGACACAAGAGGCCGAUAAGCUCACCGCAACGAGAGAGGCCUCCGAGUGAACCCCAGAGAGAGAAACCUGCUGUUCACAGCAGACCUAUAUUUGAAAGGAGAGGAGUGAUGGACAGCAGUGUUCUGUAUCCCACCCGGUUCCCCUCUCCUCGACCUGCUCGGCCUCCUCGGCCUCCUCUCCCGAUCAGACGCCCCUCUGUGGACCUGAAAAAAGACAGGAAGGACGGUAAAGACUCUUCCUCCCGACCUCCUCGUCCUCAAGCUCCUCAACCCGCCUCUCCGCCGCCCAAGCGACCUGCACUGGAAGUGAAGAAAGAGAGGAAAGUUCCACCAGAUCCAAAUGCUCCAAUUGCUCCUCUUCCAUUUCACCUUCAUCCUCCUCCACCCAGAAAAGAGCCUCCUGAUCCCAACGCUCCUCUUCCUUCACUUCCUCUUCACCUUCACCCACCGCCUCCUCCCUCGAAGCGUCCCUCACUGGAAGUGAAAAAGGAGAGGAAAGAGUCGUCAGACUCUAAACCUCCUCCACAGAAGAAGACGCCAGAUCCCGUGAAGAAAGACAGGAAAGACUCGUCAGAUAGCAAAGUGCCAAAAAAACACUCGGAUGAAACCAAGAGAGAAAGGAAAGAUUCAUCUGACUCUAAACCGCCACUUCCCAAAAAGCCCAGUUUGGAUAUCAAAAAAGAAAAACAAAGGAAGGACUCCUGCGACUCGAAGCCUAGCCAGCCUGUGAAACGUCAAUCAUCUGACUCCAAACCUGACAGGCGGGAAUCCACCGAUUCAAAGAAAAGCAGCUCUCCACCAGCAAAGAAGCUAACAGUUGAAAGAAGAGAGUCUCACGGAUCCAAGACUUCUCAGCCUGGACCUCCACAGAGGAAGCCCUCUACUGACAGCAUUGAAAGGAAGGGCAAAAUUGACACCCCUAAAACUCCCACCACCCCGACCAGCCCCAUGUCACCCAGCUUCAGCUCUGCCGGGGGUCCGCUGCCUCCUCACCUUGCUACCGGAGACUCCGUCAGAGACAAGUGCAUUGACUUGCUGACAGCCGCCCUGCGCACAAACAACGACUACAAGGAUUUUGAAACCAACUGUGAAAGCAUGGCUGCAGAGAUUGAAGAUCAUAUCUACCAGGAGACAAAGGCCACUGAUAUGAAAUACAAAAACAGAGUCCGCAGCCGCAUCAGCAACCUGAAGGACCCGAAGAACCCCGGUCUUCGCAGAAACGUCCUGGCAGGAAGCAUCGACUUGGGCCGCAUCGCCAGCAUGUCUGCUGAGGAGAUGGCCAGCGACGAGCUGAAACAGCUGAGGAACGUUCUCACCCAGGAGGCCAUCAGGGAGCACCAAAUGGCCAAAACUGGUGGCACCUCCACCGACCUGCUGCAGUGCGGCAAGUGCAAGAAGAGGAACUGCACCUACAACCAGGUGCAGACCCGCAGUGCUGAUGAGCCAAUGACCACAUUUGUUCUGUGUAAUGAGUGCGGUAACCGCUGGAAGUUCUGCUGAAGCCUUCCAGGUGAAACAACCUUUUAUUUUCUGAGCAUAUUGAACUUCAUUAUUUUCUAUAAUGGGAGGGGAGGGAGUUUAUAAAUUAUUGCAGCUGGUGAUUUUCAUAGAUAAUAGUGUUCUUACGAUUUUUACUUGACAUUUUGAAAUUUGUAAGCAUGUGCUAAUAAUAAGGGUGCUUUAUGUGAAAGACUGAGCAUGAACGUCAGUCUGACUACUGUUAACACAUCAAUAAUGAUCAUGGUUAUCCAGUUAAUAUGCUAUGUUAUAUUACACCUGUUAAAAUGCAUAAAUCAUCAGUAUGAUGGCUUUUUAAACUUGCGUUUAAUAAAAAAAUUUGACAAUCAA